CCUUAAUAAACUUUCCCUCACAUACAUCCUCCUGCUUCUCCCAAAACCCCUCCAUUUCUUGAAUCUCAUCAAUUUAAUCCUCCCACUGCUCAAUAACAAUAUAAAACCCAAUUUUCUUGGACACCCACUUGAACUUUUCCAGUGUUCUUUCUUGGGUAUCUUUCAUUUUCUUUGAUUCUGCAUAAUUCUGAUCUGGGUAUAAACUAUUUUUUCAAAGACUGAAUCUUAGAAGAAUAUGGUGGUAGCUUUGUCAGUGGUGGGUUCAUCAGUGGUGGACUCACACACCAGCCCAUGCUUCUGUUUAGACAGUAUGAAUCUAAAAAACACAGCAGAAUUGGCUUUGCAAAGGAAUUCAGUGAAGAGGAAGCAAAAAACCAGACCGGGUUCAUUAGAGUUGUCAAGUACUUUUGUGGAUUCGUGGUAUCACUGGAGGCUCUCGUGCAAAGCAAUUUCAGGUGUUAAUAAUGUUAACAGAAGCUCGAGGCGGCGGAGAAGGGAUCGGAGAGUUGUUAUUGUGAAUGAACUGGCGGGACAAUAUGAGGAUGCUUUUGAUGAUGUCAAAGGGCAAAUACUCAACUAUUUCACAUAUAAGGCUGUGAGAACUGUUCUUACUCAGCUCUAUGAGAUGAAUCCAACCAAUUAUACUUGGUUGUAUAAUUUCGUGGUAUCAAACAAGCCCGGAGAUGGCAAGCAGUUCCUCCGACUUCUUGUAAAGGAGAGGCAGGACCUUGCAGAAAGAGUGAUGGUAACACGCCUCCACUUGUAUGGAAAAUGGAUUAAGAAAUGUGAUCAUACUGAAAUGUAUAAAGAAAUAUCCGAUGAGAACUUGGGGUUGCUGCGCGAACGGCUAAUGGAGACUGUGAUAUGGCCAUCGGAUGACUCGAACACGGAGAAGAUAGGCUGAAGUGGAAUGGAUUUCUCCUUUUCAUACUGUUGUUUUCUAGUGUAGAUUGUAUAAAUACAUCUCUUAUAGUAUAUCAAUGUGACAAUGCUGCAUUUCACAAAAAUUCCCAUGAAAUUAGGAAUUUUGCCUGCA